AUGGCGACCGGAUCAGUUCGUCCGGUCCGUAACAUUAACUUGAAAAGUGGGCGAUUUACUUAUCGGAGUCGGCACGAAAGUUCUGAAGAUGUUGUUAUAAAGUUGGAUCACAGUCGAGAACCUGCCGACAAUGUACGGGAGGUUUUGAGGAAUGUUGUGCCUCAGCACGGCGUAGCCAGCAGCCGUAAAACAGCCUACUUGAACAGCUUUGUCAAACUGAUCAAACAUGUCGGCUACGACCAAAGCCUGGGGGUUUCAAUUCUCGACAUUGUCACCUGCCUUCAGAUUGGCCUACUUAAUGAGGCCAAACAAGUUCGGACAGCAUCGCUUCGAGUGCUGCGUUACCUUUUGCCUUACGAGGAGACCCUGGACACAUUGUUGAACUUACACUUUGAUUAUUUAAUUGCCAGGUGUUUGGAUGUGAGCCUGGACAACGAGAUUGAGAGGAUCCAUGCAGUGAAACUGAUGCGACAGAUCAUCAAAACCUCUCCCUUCAAAUUCCCCUCUUCAUUGUUAUACGCGCUGGUCGCUAUUGGCAACGAUGGGGCUAGUGAGAGGGACCGGAUGGUCAGAGUGUGCCUAGAGACAAUAUGUGAAUUAGCUCUUAGCAACACAGACCUGGUGGCCAAGUGCGGAGCUAUCCAGACGUUGAUUUGGAACAUUCUAGACUGUCACCAGUAUCCUCGCCUCAAUGAGGCCCUGACCGCCACCAUCAUCUUCAUGCUCAAUCAUCCAAGAACUCGUCAUUAUAUUCGUCCUCAGGUAGAUCUGGAGCGAUUGCUUGCUCCAUUUACAGACAGCCAUUUCCGUUACAGUCUGGAAGAUGGCAGAAGCGAAGAGAGAGAUUCCAGAUUUAUUGCCAGCAAAAUGGCUGUCAUAACUGUGAUGCGAUCAUGGCCAGGUCUUAUUCGGUUAUGCCACCCUGAUGGCUCGGGAAUGCAGUCUCUGAUAGGCAUUCUCUACCUUCCUUAUGUGGAGAUCAGAAAAUAUAUUUUAGAAGUGAUAUCUGACCUGUUCCGUCUCACCUUGCCAGUUUGGACUGAUGAUUUUGCAACGGCAUUUUCUAGUGUGGAUCCGUGUGAACUGAAGGACUCAUGGAAACUGCCUGAAGGAUUUGUUGUAGAGGAGGGCCGAGAGAUACUGCCACACAUCUCACAGACCAGGCCAAAUCUGAUAGAGAAUCACCUGGCUCUGCUGCUGUCUGCCUGGUUCACAGCUGGACUGUGUGAGAGGUUGUCAUGUCGUAGCUAUAAAUUGUCUGACAGUUGGGGUAUGUCUGCUUACAGCCGAGCCCACCAAGCAGUCACCUGCUUGACACGGUUUCACAAGAUGAUGAAGAGAGGGCGGAAACCCUGCACAGUGUUCCUCGACCAGCUGCUUCAGCACGCGGGCAAGAUGCUGGAGGUCACCAGCAAACACUGGCACUUGCGGAGAGAGAAACUCUCGGAGUAUUACUUCAAGAAGAUUCCUUCGGAUGACAUGACCAACCAGGCGAUCCGAGACUCACAGGUGAACACCACCAAGGCCAAUUCAGAGUGGGAUUGGUCAAUUAUUGCUGCAAUCCUCAAGUGGCCAGAUGAGAAGCUGAAGAAACUAGAAGACCAGAAUCAUCUCAGAUUCAUCAAACGACUGGUCUACUACUUCAAACCAGAGAACAACCUCUUCUCCAAAACUGAUUUGGACCCAACCAGACGCAAGAUUUGUAUCGCCGGCUGCCAUUUUGUUGAUUUUCUUCUUUCCUCAACUUCUGACGAAGCAGACAAAAUGAUAACAGAACUUCUCAGCGACAUUGCAGAGAAUCUCAAAGAGCUGAUCAGGUUUAAUGUGCCUGUGGAUGAAAAUGCUACUUUCGGCUCCAAGCGGAUGCAUGACAAAGUGUGCCGGUACUACUUUCUCUUCAUUGGCCAGUUUCUCAGCCACCAAGAAAGGCUGUGGCUAUCUAGAAAAAACGGGCAUCAUUCAGACGUAAGUGUGGUGUGUGUUUUCCUUGAGCUGAUGUCCUCCUCGACCAGCCUCCUGUACGUCAAGCUGGUCAUCUCCUGCUUGAACUACUCCCUGGAUGGUUCUACCAGAGCUGUCUUGUCCAAGGCACUGACUGCCACACAGGAUGUUUGCCGACUGUACGCUACCAGACUGCUGCGGGUUCUGAUGCGCGCCGGGACUCCAGGCUUCAGCCACUGGGGUGUGGAGCUGCUGGUGACUCAGCUGUACGAUCCCGAAAAGAGUGUGUCCAUGUCCGCCAUCAGGAUCCUGGAUGAGGCUUGUGACAAUGAGGAUAACCUCAAGAAUCUGAUCAAGCUGCGGCCAUCCCUGCUGCACCUGGGAGAGAAGGGGGACAUGUUGCUGUGCCGGUUUGUCUCCACCAUCAAUGGCUUUCGUUCCCUCAACAACGCCAACUUUAUACCUAGCCAGCUGCACAAGUGGCAACAGACCAUGAAUGAACGCUAUGUGGAUAUAGUAGAAGAAAUGCUGAAUGAAGCACUGAUGUCAUUUGAGAAGACCUAUUCGGGCUCUUGUCCUCGUCGGUCCAUUCUCAAAGGCCCCAAGAAAGAUGUCUAUCUACCAGUUCACUUGUACGGUCAGCUGACGAUGCAUGAUGAAGGCUUCCAACUUUUACAUGGACAGGAGUGCAUCAAGGAGUAUUUCAGUUGUAUACAGAACCAGAACCUUCUCAACAACAGUGAUAUUCGCAAACUUAAGACAGCAUUGUGGGCCGUGGGUCACAUUGGUCUCUCCGUGGACGGCCUUGUCUGGCUGGAGCAGGAGCAUGUGGUGCCAGAGAUGAUCAGACUGGCCGAAGAGUGCAGCGUCUUCUCUGUCAGAGGCACUUCCUUUUUUGUACUGGGACUGAUUGCCAGCACCCGCAGGGGAACAGAUAUACUUUGUGAGCUGGGGUGGGAGUCCAGGUGUCACACCAGAAAGGAAGUUUUCCCAGUACUGGACGAAGAUGGGUGGAUCCAGGGACCCAUGGAGGAAGCCUUACUGUUGAGUGAUCGUAUGGCAGCAGCCAGUAUUCAUGGAGAGGGCAAUCGUCUGUCUCCCGGCAGCAUGGGUCUGUCCCUCAUACAGGAGGAAAGCCUCCUGCGCUCUGGCAGCUCCAGCUCCAAGCCAUCCAGUCAGUCCACGUUGAGAGCAUCCAUGUCUUCCAUCCAGUCGGCCAGAGAGCCCCUGAUGAAACAUUCCAUCACCCCUGCACACAGCUACCACCAUGUUCCUCCCUACACCUCCCCUCCCAAUCUGACUGUGCCUAGUUUUGUGCGCAGCCAGACACUGACUGAUGACACUGAAGACUUCCGGUCAUUUCGUCACUCGAUGCACUCCAGGACCAGAUCUGAGAAAGCUAUCACUAGAAAAACCAGUGACUUUCGACCCCGGGCUUUGACCGGAGACAAGACAACACUGCCUCCGGCCCCGCCAGUGUCAGUUGUUAAAGCCGACUCAGUGCCAGUCAACAUAGACUCUAUCAAGUUAGUAGUUGACAGAGCGGGUACUGAUUCAGGUUUAGACAGAAGAGCAUCCAGAGAUUCUAUCACCUUAGUGGCAUCUCCAGUUGUUAAACUCAGGACUAGCUCCGAUGAGGACUCGGCCAUCAUUUCGGAUAACUAUGACCCACAAGCAGAGAGUAGGAAUAGAGUUAUCAAUUUAGACACAGCAAAAAACCCUGGCAAAGCCAGCUCAGAGCCUGCGAUAGAAGAAGCUACACAUUCCGUAGAAGAUAAUGUUGGGGCCACACUCAGAAAUCAUCAAAGUUCACACUAUUGGGCAUCAAACGAAAGCUCCCCAAAGGAUAAGAGCGGAAAUGGAGAUGUGGUCAGUUUCAAAGUUGGGGAGUUGUAUACUCCGGCUAGUAACCAGAGCAGUGGCAGCGACAGCUCCAACCCCAGCAAGAGCCGUGGAGGUAGUUUCUACACAACUGACUCUAGUGGGGUGGGUUCCUGUGAUUCGAACACAGUUCUGGUAACAUCUUCAGCUAUAGCCAACGCCCUCAGUCCCAUCGCCAGUUCGGCGUCUCUGUCAACCCUGACCACAAAUGUAUCAUCCUCCAACCUCCUCCAAGGAACGGAACAAACUAAAGAACCAGUUCAUCAUUCUGCAUUACAGCGGAGUCUCUUCAGACUUACUCGUAUUCCCAGUGCCAAAAGGCGCUCAGCUUCCCCAGCUCUAGGGAUUACAGCCAACGGGGGUCAGUCUUUCACAUCACAACGUGAUGCUAUUGGCUAUGCAGCUUUAAGAACUAUCAAACGACAACGAACAUACAGUGCAGAAACUGAAGGGGAUUCCGUUUCUCAUUUAGAGGCUCCUAUGCUCCACCGAACCACCAGUCAAGAUUCAGAACUUAGUGUGGACAGUAAUGUAUGGUUAAGCAUGAGGCGAAAUGUCAGCAGUGUGUCCUUGCAGGACCAGGACCUGCCGUCCUCACCCGUCUCCCUCAACAGAGCCGCCUUUAAACCCCUGUCUCCUAGCAACCGCUUUGUUGGUAUCACCCUUCCAAUUGACAUCAAAAUGAUAUUUGAAGUGGUAGAAGGUGAGGACAGGAGAACGUCACAUGCUCUACCUCCGACAGUAAACCUGGAGUCUGACAACUUUGUUCCAGUCGCUAAACCUACAGAUUCUAAUGUUGACUUCAAUUUGUUGACAGUACCUCCGCUGAAGAAAGAAACAUCCUUUGAACACACAGCUGACAUAUGUUUGCUGUGUAACCGCUACCGGAGGAAAGCGGUGGCCAGGGCAGAGAGAUCAGUCAAUCAGAUGUGUGCAGAGAAUGUGAUAGACAGUGAUGGAGCCUUGUUGAGUGCAACCAAGUCAGAUAUAAACAGAUCUCGGGGAGGCAGUAUGAACGAACACUGUUCUUCAGUGACACCAGGCAGCCAGACCAGCAUCUCUAGCGGCCAGGACAUAGGCAAUAAAAGACUCACAGAAGACAGUGAAGAGGGGAGGCAGCUGAUACGAUUGGAAGUGAUGCGCCUGAUUGUCAAUCUUGGCAGUUCUGUGGGACUAAAAGCUUCAGAAACUGCCCUUCUCAGCCUCAAGCAACGAUUCCCCGCCUGUUUCCAAGAUGUGUGUUUUUAUUCUGAAGUUUGUCAUCUACUCUCCUUGUACUCUUAUCGUCUGGUGGCUCGCAGGUUUAUUCAAGAAUUGUUUGAUGAGUUAAACAUUAAUGGGUUACUGGAGACUCCCUGUGAGCUGCUGGGGAUUGACCUGGAGGUUAGCCAACACAUGACUCCCAUCAGACAGAACAGUCUGGAUGAGUUCUCAGAUUUCUCAACAUCCUGA